CGAGCAAUUGUCUGUCAAGGAGGGAACGCGGCGUGUGAAGGCUGUGGGGACGGUGUGGUGGCAGCGGAGACACUUGUCGUUCAGGUGACGAGCAGUUUAACACGUGGAGGCCAGCACAGCACAAAACUGUCUCAACGUCCAGUUUAGUGCUGCUGCUGCUGGAGUGAGGGCCUGAGCCUGGUGCUGUGGUCAGCACUGUCCUCACAACAUCUGCCUCCAGGACUCCCCGGUGCAUCGCUGGCCCUGGGCCACAGCCGGAGCCUCCUGCAAGACAUGCCAGCGCCUUGCAGCAGAAGCACUGGCGCCCUGGAGGCUGCAUGGUUGGGCAGGACCAGCAGCAGCAGGCUGCCAAUGCUGUGAUGAUCAAGAGAACCACCACCACCUUGCUGCUGGCAUCUCGGGAACAAUGGAAAAGAAAAGAUUGAGUCAGGAGUGUGACGAGAUUUGAAACUGAGAGCAAGUUCACCAAACACCGCCUCGCACACACUGGUGAAGAACACCAUGAGUGCCAAGAGUGUGGGGAAAGCCUCCCUAGGAAGGCUGACCUCAACACAUACACCCACACCCUCUGGUGGAGGACCUCAUGAAUGCCUUCAGUGUGGCAAACGUUUCAGUUGCAAGAGUCGCCUCAACAGACACACCCUCUCACACACUGGAGAAAGAUCUCACUUAUGCCAUCAGUGUGGCAAAAGUUUCAAUAGGAAGAAUAACCUCAAAACACACACUCGUAUACAUACUGGUGAAAGACCUUAUGAAUGCCACGAGUGUGGCAAAAGGUUCAUUCAGAAGGUAAGCCUCAACAUACACAUCCUUUCACACACUGGUGAAAGACCUCAUGCAUGCCAUCAGUGUGGCAAAAGGUUCAGUACGAAGGGUGACCUCAACACACACAACCUUUCACACACCGAUGAAAGACCUCAUGAAUGCCAUGGAUGCAGCAAAAGAUUCAGUACGAAGGGUAGCCGCAACACACACACACUUUUACACACUGGUGAAAGAUCUCAUGGCCAAGAGUGUGGAAAAGGGUUCACUGCGAAGAAUAACCUCUGCAAACACACUCGUAUACAUACUGGUAAAAAAACUCCCGAAUGCCGUGACUGGCAAAAGGUUCAAUCAGGAGGAGGCCAUCACAACACAGUCUCCACGUCCAGCCCAGCCGCAUCUCCACCCAGUCUCUUUCACCUCUUAGGGCCCCUGCAGCCCACUUCUACCGGUCUCCUCCAGCCCAGCCCACUUCUACCAGACUCCUCCAGCCCACCCCACUUCUACCAAUCUCCCCCAGCCCACCCCACUUCUACCAAUCUCCCCCAGCCCACCCCACUUCUACCAAUCUCCUCCAGCCCACCCCACUUCUACCAAUCUCCUCCAGCCCACCCCACUUCUACCAAUCUCCUCCAGCCCACCCCACUUCUACCAAUCUCCUCCAGCCCACCCCACUUCUACCAAUCUCCUCCAGCCCAGCCCACUUCUACCAAUCUCCUCCAGCCCAGCCCACUUCUACCACUCUCGUCCAGCCCAGCCCACUUCUACCAAUCUCCUCCAGCCCACCCCACUUCUACCAAUCUCCUCCAGCCCAGCCCACUACCACCAGUCUCCUCCAGCCCAGCCCACUUCCACCAGUCUCCUCUAGCCCAGCCCACUUCCACCAGUCUCCUCCAGCCCAGCCCACUUCCACCAGUCUCCUCCAGCCCCAUGACGCCCCCCCCUCCCCCUGUAAGACUCGAGGGUUGCCCUGCUCCUGGGUUCCUGAGCUACCUUGUCAAAGUCCAAAGACUCCCCAAGUUUUGUAAGUUCUGA